AUGAUUUUCACAACACAAGUAUGGGCUCUGCUGGGCCUUUUCGGUGCUUUGGCCCAUGCAGCAAGCUAUCGUACUGUCGGCUCGUCGGGAUGCGCUGCGCAGAUGGCCUUCGUGCCUCCAAACACUGACACAGUAGUGUUCCUAGACAAUUAUCACCGCAAUUUUGGUGGCCCAGGAGUGAAUCUCCAGACUGGCGCUCAUUCUCCACACCCAUUCAUGCAAGACGACGACUCGGGACUGUUCGUCUUUGGUGUUGAAUAUGAGUGGCGUACUAAUAAUCUCCGCAAGUUGACUCCAAAAUCCAACACCUUCUGUGCUGCAGGCGCUUUCAUGCCAGAUGGUACUAUGGUCAACGUUGCAGGUGCGGAACUCUACUCCGGGGAUGCCAAAACAACACAUCUUCAAGAUGGCCGUCAGACUGUGCGAAGAUAUGCACCGGGCCCUUGCGAGAUAGAUGGGUGCACCAUGGAUUUCAAAGUUAAUAUCGACGAGCUGCAGUCUCGAAGAUGGUACCCAACCUCUAUCACUAUGACAAAUGGAGACAUCCUUGUCGUUGGUGGCUCAGACGUUGGUCUUCUAGUCACCAAUGAGGCUUCAAUCAACAACCCCACCUACGAACUUAUCAAGGCCGAUGGCAGCAAGGCACCACCUCAGAAAAACUUGACCAUCUUGGAGUUUGGCGCCGAGGACAACGAGAACGCUGACAUGUCUUUCAACCUCUAUCCUAUCCUCCAAUUAAUCCCGAAUGCCGAGGGUGCCGACCACAUCUUCACGCUUGCUGGAAAUCGCGCUAACGUGUAUGACUAUCGCACCGAUGAAGUACACAAGACUCUACCAGAUAUUCCCGGAGGCCCAAGAACUUUUCCAGGAUCCGCUGCUGCUGUGAUGCUGCCUUUGGGCGUAGGUGGGUACGCGCCUACCAUCCUGGUGUGCGGUGGAAGCUCAGGAGACAUUCCAAAUCCCAAGGCCCUACCCGACUGCUACAGAAUCAGACCAAAUGACGAUCAUCCUAUCUGGGAAGAGGAUGAUGCGUUGCCGAAUGGCGGCCAGACAAUGAUCGAACCUAUCCAACUCCCCGAUGGCACGAUUGUUAUGAUGAACGGUGCCCACAAAGGAAGUGCAGGAGGCUAUCAAGCCGAAGGCCCUGCAAUGCAAGCACUGAUCUACGAUGGCAACAAGCCUCCCGGCCAACGCUUCACCAAGUCUGCCACAUCCCACAUCCCUAGAAUGUACCACUCAGUCGCUAUUCUUCUUCCCUCAGGAGAGGUCCUUGUUGCUGGAAGCAAUCCUGAUGUCUUCUACAACCCCGUCGGCAAGGUCAAGCUAGCAAACAGGCAAUACCCACAUUUUGGCAACAACGGUCAUACAUCAUACCUUAACCAACAACAAUCGCCUGACUCAGCAUAUCCUACCGAGUAUCGCGUCGAGAUCUAUUCACCGCCUUACAUGGAUCAUGCCGAUCAACGCCCUUUCAUCACCGCCUACCCUACCUCUGUCAAGUACAACGAGAAGUUCCAGAUUGCAGCUGAGGGAGCGGGAGAGGAUGUUGUUGUUCGCCUCUCUUACUCUGGCUUCCAUACCCAUGGUGUUGAUAUGGGAGCGAGAAUGGUUCAACUGGAAGCUACCUUGAGCCCUGAUGGCGAUGACAUGAUUGACGUUCUUGCUCCGUUCAACCCUACAAUCAUUCCGCCAGGUGUAUACAUGCUCUGGGUCAUCGAGAAGGGUAUUCCUUCAGAGGCUGUCUGGAUGAAGUUGGAGCUUUGA